UGUUCAUAGUUUUACUGAGGGCACCCAAAAUAGCAUGCAGUAAGCAGAGAGUCUGCAAAACUAAAGCAGAAGUGACUUAUACUGGCAGGAAACUGUAACUCCUAAAGCUUUCCAAGGAUCUGUGAAGAGAACUGCUUACUUCUCUGCAUCAGAUGUUUAAUUCAACUUUUACAAUACCUAUAUCCUUAAACCUAGAAGGCCCUGGGGUUACACAGAUGAAGAUUGAUUGAAAAAAAGAGUUCAGAAUGAAUUUCUCUGAAUAUCUAUCUCUCACACUGAUGCUGGUUCAACUUUGGCCUUGCUCUCCAAGCAUGCAGAACUGCUUGGCUCAAAACACAUAUCAGUCUUUCACAGCAGUUCGAAGAGUGAAACGUGGCUGGGUGCGGGAGCCACUUUUCGCAACUGAGGAACAGACUUCAGUGGUGCCCGUGUAUGUUGGACAGGUGCAAUCAAAUUUAGAGCAGGAUGGCAAAAUAAAAUACACUUUGACUGGGGAGGGAGCUGGAAGCAUUUUUAUCAUUGAUGAAGAUAACGGCAAAAUUUACGUGACACAAAAGCUGGAUAGAGAAAAGAAGCCCUUCUACGCUCUAAGAGCACAAGCAAUUAACACGAGCACUCAGCUUCCUGUUGAACCUGAUUCAGAAUUUAUUAUCAAGGUUCGAGAUGUCAAUGAUCAUGAACCACAGUUCUUGGGUGGACCUUACAUGGCUACUGUUCCAGAGAUGUCACCUGAAGGUACUUCAGUUAUACAGGUAACAGCUACAGACGGUGAUGAUCCUUCUUAUGGGAAUAGUGCCCGUCUACUUUACAGUCUCAUUCAGGGACAGCCUUAUUUCUCUGUGGAGCCAAAAACAGGGGUCAUCAGAAUGGCUUCACAAAUGGAUAGAGAAACAAAAGAUCAAUAUUUGGUCAUCAUCCAAGCUAAAGAUAUGGUUGGGCAAGCAGGGUCAUUUUCAGCAACAGCCACUGUUACCAUCAACCUCUCUGACAUCAAUGACAAUCCACCUAAAUUUCAACAGCGACUCUAUUAUAUGAGUGUCUCUGAAGAGGCUCCUGUGGGCACUACUGUAGGCAAAGUCUUCGCAGAAGACAGUGACAUAGGGGAGAAUGCAGCCAUGAGCUAUUCCAUUGAAGGAGAUAUUUCAGAUGUUUUUGACAUCAUUACUAACAAUAAGACUCAAGAAGGUAUCAUCUUAUUGAAAAAGAGAGUGGAUUAUGAAAGUAAGAGGAGAUACAAUAUUGGAGUAAAAGUUGUAAACAGGUACAUUGAUGACCGUUUUCUGAAAGAAGGACCGUUUGAAGACAAAACUAUUGUCAAAAUUAAUGUGGAAGAUGCUGAUGAACCUCCAGUUUUCACCAUGGAGAAUUAUGUGAUGGAGAUUGCUGAAGGGUCUGCGAGUGGUUCACUGGUGGGAGUUGUAACUGCUAGAGAUCCAGAUGAUGAUGAUUCCCCAAUCAGGUACUCUAUUGUCCAUGGCAUGCAUUUAAAAAGAUUGUUCAGCAUCAAUGAACACAAUGGAACAAUCAUUACAACUAAACCUCUGGACCGAGAGGUAACUUCUUGGCACAAUAUAACUGUUACAGCCACAGAAACAAGAAAUCCUGAAAAAAUUUCAGAAGCAAAUGUGUAUAUCCAAGUUCUUGACAUUAAUGAUCAUGCACCGGAAUUCCCUAAAUAUUAUGAAACGUUUGUUUGUGAAAAUGCAGUUUCUGGCCAGCUACUUCAGAGCAUCAGUGCAGUGGAUCAAGAUGACUCAGCAGAAGGUCACCAUUUUAACUUCUCAUUGGCUCAGGAGGUCACAAACAACUCACUUUUUACUGUCAAAGAUAAUCAAGAUAACACAGCUGGAAUUUUCACAGCAAAAAGUGGCUUCAGGAGGCAAGAACAGUUUUUUUACUACUUGCCGAUCUUAAUUCUGGAUAAUGGAACCCCACCACUGACAAGCACAAAUACUCUCACUGUUACUGUCUGUGACUGUGACACCAAAGUUAAUACCUUCUACUGUCGAUAUGGAGCUUUCAUGUACUCCAUGGGUCUCAGCACUGAAGCUUUAGUUGCUGUUUUGGCUUGCAUAUUGAUACUCCUAGUGUUCUUUUUGGCCAUUCUAGCCAUAAGGCAGCAGAGGAAGAAGUCUCCCUUUUCAGAGAAAAUUGAAGAAGUCAGAGAGAACAUUGUCAGAUAUGACGAUGAAGGAGGUGGCGAGGAGGACACAGAAGCCUUUGAUAUUUCAGCACUGAGGACCCGCACUGUCAUUAGAACGCAUAAACCUCGGAAGAAGGUUACCACAGAAAUCCACAGCCUCUACAGACAGUCUCUGCAGGUUGGCCCUGGCAGUGCUAUCUUCAGGCAAUUCAUCUCAGAGAAGCUUGAAGAAGCGAAUACAGAUCUCAGUGUUCCCCCAUAUGACUCACUUCAGACCUAUGCAUUUGAGGGGACUGGCUCUUUGGCAGGAUCCCUCAGCUCUUUAGAUUUGAACAUGUCAGAUGCAGAUCAGAGUUAUGACUACCUUAGAGAGUGGGGACCUCACUUUAAAAAUCUUGCAGUCAUGUAUGCUUCCCAUAGAAGUGUGGGGGAUUAGUUACUCUUUCAUUUGUUGCUUUGUUUUCCUAAAUCUCAGCAACCAAAAUAAUAGUGGAUUUUUAAAAAGAAGAUCAUCCCACAUUUAAGCAUGAAAAUAAAUGCCCAAAUGUUCUUCCUGGAAAGUCUUGGAUGUAGAGAUCUUUUUGAAAAUCACACCAGGCAUCUCUUGAGGUGAGGGUAUGGAGACUCACAUUUGAAAAUCUCAAGGCUAUUUAGGUGACUGAAUGUAAACUGUGCAGCUAUCUAGAUGGAUAUCUAGACUCCAUUCUGGAUACUGAAAAAUAAUGGACCCUGGAAGUGCAAAAGGAGUAGAAGCCAUACAUAGAUAUUGUAAAUAUUCUGUCAUGCACAAGCUUUAAACUGUUUCCAAAGUUAAGACAGAUUUUUGCUGUUGCACUUGAAUAUAUUAACCAAAGUUAAACAUGUGUAUUUAUAUAAUGCUUCAUUAUAUAAAUAUAAUUCUGUGAAAAAAUAGACCCUAGAUAUUCUAACACCAUUAUCAGAAUUGCUCACAGAAUCGCCUAUUGUUCUUAAGAUGAUAAAACUAAAACAAAUGUGUUUUCCUAUAGUGUAAAAAUAAAGACCUAUUACAACAUCA